AUGGCAGACGCAACCCAGCACAAGAUUGCAUCUAACGUGCCCAACACCCAAGGUGUCACGCCCGCGGACAAGAUUCGGUACGGUCAGUCGAUACAAGAAGGUGGGAUGGGGGGAAAGACGGCCGGUAUGGCUGGGGUGGCGGUGUCGGCAGGUGGUUUCGGCGGCACGGAUGCGCUCAGAGAGGAGGAAGAUGAGUUUACAAAGGUGAGGAGGGAGCAGGGUUAUGGGAAUGGGACGGAUAUGGCGAAGGACAUUGGUGCAUAG